UCUUGUCACGUGACCAGAAGACGCUGGGUGAUGCAUCUCCCAUGCAGCGGUGCAUGAGGUUCGGUAAUGCAGCCCGGAGAGUUAUCAUGACUUCUCCGUAUUUCUUGCAGACUAGCUCCGUGGUAACUCGCAGUGGUAACCAAACCGUGCGCUGCGCACCUCCGACCUCCCUCAAAUCCAGAAUCACCAAGCAGCGGAGAAAUGCGGAGCCAGCUUUCCCCGUCGCUGUGAAAGUGGAGGAGGAGGAGGAGGAGGCGAGUGUCUCACAGCCAAGAUCUUCCGCACAGCCCUCAUCGAUAGGUGACUGCUCUGCACUCCAUCCUCAGGCUAAUGUCCAACCAAAAACAGAAACAGAUUCCGUGCCCCUGGCUUCAGGAGGACGUAGAAAGAGGCAGCUGAAGGUGGAGUAUGACAAGGAUGAAGAUGAGGGGCGAGUUAAGACGGAGCGUUGGGAGCCUCCUGAAUGGAGGACACAAUUAGACUACAUCCGUGAGAUGAGGAGCAGCCGUGACGCACCUGUAGAUAACAUGGGAGCACAGAAAUGCUACGACACAGAGGUCCCUGCACAUGUGAAACGUUUCCAGGUGCUGGUGUCACUGAUGCUGUCCAGUCAGACAAAGGACCAGGUGACAGCAGCGGCCAUGCAGAAGCUCAGAGCCCACGGCUGCACUGUGGAAAACAUCCUCAGCACUGAUGAUGAAACUCUGGGGAAACUCAUCUACCCUGUCGGCUUCUGGAGGAACAAGGUGAAGUAUCUGAAGCUGACAUCGGCCAUGCUGCAGCACAAGUUUGGAGGGGACAUCCCAGACAGUGUGGAGGGCCUCGUGUCUCUGCCAGGGGUUGGACCUAAGAUGGCCCAUCUGGCUAUGGACAUCGCCUGGGACCAGGUCUCUGGCAUAGGUGUAGACACACACGUGCAUCGUAUUUCCAAUAGGCUGGGCUGGCACAGGAAGCCGACCAAGAAUCCAGAGGAAACACGCAAGGCCCUUGAGGACUGGUUACCAAGGGAGCUGUGGAGUGAGAUCAACUGGCUGCUGGUUGGCUUCGGCCAGCAGGUGUGUCUGCCUGUCAGCCCUCUCUGCUCCAUGUGUCUGAACCAGCACAGCUGCCCCUCUGCCCACCGGGCCUCUCCAGCCAAGCAUCCAAAGGUUCGCUCGCCACGCUCCCCACACUCUCCUACCCCAUCCUCCUCCUUCAAAUUGAAAACGGAGACUGGACCUGAAUCUGCUGUCAAAGAUGAGACAAGGACGGAGGAGUCACCACCUGCACUCAUCACCCCCACCAUUCAAGGAAGGAAGCCCAGAAGCAAGGUUGACCAUUGAUAAGAGCGGACUCAAUUAUCACACUGGUGAUUGUCUGAGGUUUAGACAUCAAACAUCAGCCGCACCAUGUACACGCACAACACUAACAAACAACAUACCUCAGCUCUACACUAAUGUAGAUACAUAGCUCCUUUUAGCACUGGACAUUAUUUAACACUUUGGUAGAGCAUUAUACAUCUUGUAUCAAAUUGUAUAUUUUUUUUAUUGUAACCAUUUCUAGUAUUUCUUACAAAAUAAAAAAUACAUGUACUGAAAAUGGA